GAAGAGUUAUUGCAACAAACACCAACUUCCUCUUUAUUCUCUGACUCGGCACGUGUAAACAACCAUGACCCACACGUCGAGGAAAGGAUUCCAUAAGAACAAAUCUGCUUGUUGUUUUAAGAAGAAAUGGAAGACCAAACGUUAUUUGAGGGACGUUGAUCAAAUCCACGUCGACAUGAAACCUGCGGAGGCCUCGAAACUAUUGAACCAAGCCGUGAAUUACGAUUUGCCCGGCGCCGCGCAGUUCUACUGUCUCCAUUGCUCGAAAUAUUUCAUCAGCAAUUUUGCCUUGAAAGAACAUUUUAGGGGCAAACCCCAUAAACGAAGAAUUAAGGAAUUGAAAACCGAACCUUACAGUCAAGCAGAAGCUGAAAGAGCAGCUGGUAUGGGUUCCUAUAUUGCCCCAAAGACUGUUCAUGUUGAAACACAACCAUUGAAGCCAGAUUCUGAAAUAAUGGAAUUUUAAAAAGCUAUAAAAUUGUACAAAAUGUU